CCCGGCGGAAGUGCGUCAGUUGUUAUCCGCUCUGGCCGCUGCCACUACUGUGUCUGCCUCACGGUCCCGGUGCUCAGAAGCUCCGCCACCCGACGCCCUCUGCCGCUGCCCGCCGGUCGCCAUGGGCUGUGUCCCUGGGGUACUGGUCUGGGGCCGCUGAGAGACCGCCGCACUCCGAUGAGCCGGACCCGGGGUCCUAGCCCGCGCGGCGUCCGGUGCUGAGAGCCCGCGCCCGGCAUGCCCGCCCCGGUCCCGAGCCCGCCCCGGCCCCGAGCCCGCGCGGCCCCCUCGCAGCCCGGCGGCACGGCGUAGCAGGCGGCGCGGGGCGCCAAGGUCACCGCCGCGGCGCCGCCAUGGAGGCCAAGGUCCGGCCAAGCCGGCGUUCGCGCGCGCAGCGAGAUCGCGGCCGGCGUCGGGAAGCCGCCCGGGACGCCCGCGCGCAGAGCCCGUCGUCGGGUGAGGAGCCAGAGCCCAGUCCUGGCAAGGAGAACGCGGGACUCCACGGCGCGCCGCCUCAGCGCCCUACGCCUCUGCGCGCUGCGCGCCCCCCGCGGCGCCGUCGCCGCGAGUCAAGCUCGCAGGAGGAGGAGGUUAUUGACGGCUUCGCUAUAGCCAGCUUCAGCACCCUGGAGGCCCUGGAGAAGGAUAUGGCUCUGAAGCCACAUGAGCGGAAGGAGAAAUGGGAUCAACGCCUCGUGAAGAAGCCUCGAGAGUCAGAAAACUGCCCAUCUGCGGAGCUGAGUGAGAACAGGCAGCCCCUGGAGGUGGGCAGUCCAGGGCAGGAUGCGGAGCCCUCUUGUGAUGAAGGGACUAGGAAGGUCCCUUUGCAGCCCUCCAAACAGAUGAAGGUCACAAUGGCCAGAGGGGGUGACCGGAACAGUGACGAUGACAGUGUCCUUGAAGCUUCCAGCUCUCAGCGUAGCAGCUCGAGGGACCAGCUAAGUGAUAGCUCGGCACAGGCGGUUUCUGGGAGAGGCUACUCAUGUGACAGUGAGAGUGGCGUGGAUGACAAGGCAUCUGUGGGCUCUGAGAAGCUCUUUGCCCCGGCACCUGACAAAGGUUCUGGGAGAGGUGAGAAGUCAGAGGCCAAGGCAGGGGCAGUGCCCAAGGUGUCAGGCCUGGAGCGCAGCAGUGAGCUCAGCACGGAGGCUUUCCUGCCUGUCACCGCACCUGCACCCUCAGGACCUCCACCAGGAGCUCGGGCCAGCCCCCUGGUGAAGAGAGAAGCGCCCGUUGUACCUCACCACGUUCCGCAGCCACAGCUUACCCCGCAGCAUCGGGGCUCACUCCCAACACACGUGCCUCUGUCCUUGGGCGCCUUCGUGGGCCCUGGCCCUGGCCAGGCGGCAUCCAAUAGCCUGCACCUGCACAGCCUCAGCAGGAGCAGCAGCACUGUCAGUGGCACCCCUCUGGGCCUGGCAAAGCACGUGACACUGUCUCCACACGGCCCCGGCCCCCACCUGUCUACCUCACACCUGGCGCUCAGGUCCCAGGCGCAGCACCAGCACCACGCCGCGGCAAUGUUCGCUGCCCCCCCAACACUGCCCCCGCCCCCAGCGUUGCCCGCCAGCAGCCUGGUUAUCCCAGGACACCCCGCCGAUGCCAGUCUGUUGAUCUCAUUCAACCAGCCAAUCAUGUAUUGCCAGCCUCAUUCGGGGAUUCUGAUUGAUCACGAACUGCUCAGGCAAGAGCUGAACACGCGGUUUCUGGUGCAGAACGCGGAGCGGCCUGGCGCCUCCCUGGGCCCGGGGGCUCUGCUGCGAGCCGAGUUCCACCAGCACACGCACCAGCACACGCACCAGCACACACACCAGCACACACACCAGCACCAACACACAUUCGCCCCCUUUGCGGGGCUGCCCCCGACGCCGCUUAUGCCGCCCACCGCACCCUCGCCGUUUGACAAGUUCUCACCCAAGCUGGACAGCCCCUACUUCCGACAUUCCAACACUUCAAACUCAAUCGAGAUAACAGGCCGGUCCAGUGCGGUUCACACUUUCCUGCAGAAAGCCCCUGGGGUGUCUGAUCCAUACCGGACAGCAGUCAGGAAACCAGGGAAGUGGUGUGCGGUACACGUGCAGAUCGCCUGGCAGAUCUACCACCAGCAGCAGAAGAUGAAGAUGCAGCUGGACCCCCACAAGCUAGAGGUUGGCACAAAGCUGGACCUGUUCAGCCGGCCUCCUGCCCCAGGCAUGUUCUCUGGGUUCCACUACCCACAGGACCUGGCCCGGCCCCUCUUCUCCAGCACAGGUGCCACCCAUCCAGCCGCCAACCCAUUCGGACCCUCAGCUCAUCAUGGCAGCUUCCUGCCCACUGGUCACCUGACAGACCCUUUUAGCAGAUCCAGCACUUUCGGAGGCCUCGGGAGCCUGAGCAGCCAUGCGUUUGGAGGCCUGGGCAGCCAUGCACUAACACCAGGGAGCAGCAUCUUUGCCCCCAAGGAGGGCACAGCUUUGCUCGGCCUGCCCAGCCCCCAUGACACUUGGAACCGGCUGCACCGGGUGCCACCCUCCUUUCCUACCCCGCCCCCGUGGCCCAAGCCAGACACGGAGCGCCUCUCAGCCCUGACCAACCAUGACCGAGAGCCUGACAAGGGCCAGGAAGAGCAUGAGAGGGACCUCCUAGAGAAGACGCGCCUGCUGAGCCACGGCUCGCCUGUAGCACCAGUGGGCCACCCCAUCAGCAGCCUCCUGCAGCGGGGCUCCGGUGAGCUGAGCCGCCCUGGGGUCCUCACAGAGCGUGAGGCUGAGACUCGGAUCAAGGAGAGCCACUCACCCAGCAAAGAGGAUGGCGCCAAACUGGCUGCGCGACCUCCAUCGCCCUACUGCAAGGCAGCCCUAGGCGACUGCCUACGCCUGGCAGGCCUACUGGGUCGCGAGUCCGGGAAGCAGACGCCUGAUCGGCCCCAGAGCGACGUGAAGGUCAAGGAGGAGCGCAGGGAAGACGAGACACCGGACCUCACGGGCGUCAGCGUGCACUCCACAGCUACACAUCUGGGCCUGGGCACGUCAGGCUUCGUGUGGGAUCCCCCGCGCGACACCUACCGGGGCCUGGAACUACCGCGCCGCUCCUUCCCAGCCCCACAGCCCGCUGCGGGACCCUCCCCCUUCGAGCUCUCCGAGCGCGCCUACCGGGACCGCGAGCCUCACGACUACAGCCCGGAGCGCCUGCGGGACGCGCGCAGGGAGGAGCUGGAGCGCACGCGCGCGCCCGACUCGGACGCCGCGCUGCUGCCGGCCGUGCACUACCCGCGCCUGGCUCCUGGGGCGCUGCACGGUGCACUCCUGGCCCGCACCCAGCCGGCCGCCGCGGCGCUCGGUGCGCCGCCUCCACUGGUGACUGCGGGAGGGGUUCCCACGCCGCCUGCGCGGCCCAGGACGACGCCCCUGGCGCUGGGGCCCGGCGAGGCACGGGACUAUUCGCCCGCGUGCAACCCGCCCGAGGUGGAGGCGCGGUAGUCCCAGUGUAGCGAGCUGGCUCACUUAAAUUCUUGGGACCUGAGCACAGUUCCCUGAGUCCCGGAGCAGCGCCACACGCUCCACGCUGCAGCCUACAUAGUCGAGGACUUUUCGCUUUUCUGGGGGUGACUUCAUUUUCCGAGCUUGCGAUUAGGUCACUGGGAAAAAUUUAGCUUUGUAUCUUUACCCCACACACACACAAAGUGACAAAGCAUUUUUAAUGGUUUUUGUAUUUUUCUUAAUUUUGUGCUCUAACGACAUUUUAAAGAACCAAAAAAAAAAAAAAGAAUUUUUAGUUGGGAUUUGCAGUUUAACUUCUCAAAUCCCAUUUGAGCCCCAGGGUUUGUCUUAUUUAUGGAAAGAAACGGUCUUUCUGUCCACCGCACUGUGAGGCUCCGAACUCAGGCCCGGCUCUGGCCUUCCCUUGGUACUUGGAACCGACGUUACAGAUAUAUAUUAAAAUAGUAAUUAAUAAUAAUGUACAAAACUUUGGGUUUUCUGCCUUAUUCUAUUAUGCAUAGGUGUAAGAGUAUUUCCUUGGUUUGUUUGUUUUUUUUUUUUAGGAAAAAAUGUAAAUACUCUGUUGAUAUAAUUAUAAAACUUAUUAAAUUCUUAACCUGGACAGUCUAUAACAAGUUUCUAGAAACCCCUCUGGUUAUUUGUGUACGUGGUCACAAAAGCCUACUCAGCUGUCAGUUGUGAACACACUCAACAGUUUAACUACAACAACUAUCCUUCAACUAUGCAAGCCUGGGAGGCCGCGGGGCUUUCAGGGGGAGCCGGUUUCUGAGCUUCCCACCAAGGUGGUUGGGCCUCCGAGAGAGCCACCCUUGCGGGUGUCUGCUUAGACUCAUAGUGGGCUUCAGGACUGGCUGGCUCUAGUCACAAGGACCAACAUGUACCAUGCGCUAGUCUUACUGCAGUGUUCCAUGAAUUCGUGUAGGCCAGGCAGAAUCUUAGACAUUCGAGAGUCUACAGGUGUUGCCGGAAGAUGAGGUUUUUUUCCUCCCCACGCCCACCGUCUGGGCGUUGCCCUCCCUGUCACUGACCCUCUCAUCCCUUCGUCCCUCCUUAGGCUUUGGGUUUGCAUCCCUGCCAUCUCCUGUGUUGUGUGUGUGUGUUGUCAGCUUGUCCUUUUUGGUUCUUGACCAGCAGCACAUUUAUGCUGAAUCAACACUUAGCACCCUGUUCCGUUCCUUCCAGCCUGGUUUCUGCAGUGGACUCUGGUUAUUUUAAACAGUCUGUCUUCAUGUCAAUCGACACAGAGAGAUAAAUACAGCCUUGAUUUGGAU